AUGCAUGCACUCAAUUCACUUGCAACAAACGAUGGUGCAGCAAAGGUACGACAGUUCAACGAGCAUUUAAUGGACUAUUGGCAUAAUUUAAUAUCCAAGCAGAGACAUCAAAUAUACUUCUCUCACCUUUGUCUUGCAUACAAUAAAGAAGUUCGGGUCAUCAAGAACAAAGAUUUGAGCUAUGCAUGGACUCCGGUAUUGGCAGAGCCUGAAAAGAGUGUUUGGACCGAUACAGACCGGAUGACCGACCUAUAUCUUCCCUUCUCACAGGUGAAACCUUAA